AGUGAAUACAAUUUUAUUUGAAAGUCUGUCUCUACUAGAUCCUGUACAGUAUACAGAGACGUAAACUAACCACUUCUUGUAUAUAUACAAUUGCCAACAAACUACACACAUACAUAUACGUGUAUGUUAAGCACAUACUUAGCAACGUAACCAUGACGGAACCGACCACUUCAGCAGACGCCAAACCAGCCCCGCGCGUACGUGAACGGAAGAAGAAGACUUUUUCCGAUGCACCCCCACCUACAGCAGCAGCAGUGGUGCCGUUAACACCUGCACAGUUACAACCACAGGAAAAUAACAUGGGGGUAGGCAUGGGUGCCGGGGUGACUGCACCACAGUCUGUAGCCAAUUCAGCUGUGUAUAACGGUAUGAUGCCUGGAAUGGUGCCCAGUAUGACUCCUGGUAUGAUGCCAAUUGGGCCUAUGGGGACGAUCAUGCCGAUAGCUCCUCCUGGAUCGAUGUCUGGAAUGGUCGCCCCAGGCAUGCAACCAGUUGUGAACCAGCAAGCGUUAGCACAAGCUCAAGCUCAAGCUCACGCCCAGGCUGCAGCACAAGCCGCACAGCUGGCACAGUCGUCUGUCAACACGGUACUCAGUUCACAGCAACUGCUGGCACUGGAGAAAGCAAGGAAUUUCGCGCGAACACAAUUAGCAGCCGCACUAGGGGGCGGUCCUAAGGUAGCGCCGGUAGUGGAUGCGGAGAAAUUAAAACAACAACAGGAGGAGGCAGCGAGACAAAGGGCUCUAGGUAUCAUGUCCCGUAUAUACGUUGGAAGCAUAAACUUCGAUAUUGACGAGCCGCAAAUCGAGGCCGAGUUCAAGGUUUUCGGGCCUAUAAAAUCAGUGUCCAUGUCACGAGAUGUGUCCACAGGGAAACACAAGGGAUUCUGUUUUGUGGAAUACGAUACCCCCGAGGCCGCGACUCUGGCUCUGGAACAGAUGAAUGGCGCUAGCAUGGGUGACCGCUUCCUCAAAGUGGGCCGACCAAAUAACGCACCACAGGCAGUGCAGCAAAUGGAGGAUCUUCAGAAAUUGGCGCUCGAGCAUCCCAGAUUAUACGUUGCUGCAGUACACGAAGAGCUUUCAGUGGAAGACAUACAGUCGGUGUUCGAAGCGUUUGGAACUGUGAAAGAAUGCAGGCUGGGCUUCGAUUUGGGCAAGUCCCACCACAAAGGGUACGGGUACAUUGAGUACGAGGAUAUUGCGGUCAGAGAUGCGGCCGUGGCGGCAAUGAACCUGUUCGAUCUGGGCGGUCAGUUGCUACGCGUGUGUGCUGCGGUUACGCCGCCGAUGCCCAAUCUGCUAGGCACAGCUCACGGACUCAAAGAGAUGAGUGCUACAGAUAAUGAAACUGCACUGAGGCUCAAAGCCGCCGUGGCCCGGGUAGAGAACAAACACCUGGGUGGCGCGAGCACAGACACACCCGAAGUAACUCCCAGCACAAACACAGUUACUCCAAGCCGACCAGACAGUACGACGAUACCAGUAUCCACAACUACAGCUAUACCUACAAGUACAACUUCAGCCCCUGCACCGGAUGACGGAUCGCUGGCUGCUGCAAUUGAAGCGAAGGCGAACAAGAUGGCCGCUGAAGCCGACGUAGAGCAGACGUCAAAUAAAAGAAAGGCUGUGGACGAUGAAGAGAAUAUACAGAUUACCGGAACGAGUCAAAGGUUUAUGCUCAUGCAGAAGUUGGCAAGGAAAUCGGAUAAUAGAGUUGUGCUGCUAAAGAAUAUGUAUCCGCCUGAUGAGGAUGUGAACGAUCCUGAAUUAGAAGAGGAGAUAAGGGAAGAGUGCUCUAACUAUGGCACAGUUGAGAAGGUGGUCUUCUACAAGGAUACUUUUUCAGGACCCGAGCCAGAGAUUAAAGUCUUCGUGCAAUUCAGGCAAACGGAAGAGACGGUGGCGGCAAUUGCGUCGCUCAAUGGCCGGUGGUUUGAUGGCAAACAAAUUGUUGCAGAAACAUAUGAUGGCGAGCUAUUUGCUGCGAAUGACUUUACGGGAUAGUUCUGCCUCAUAAAAAAGAUAAAUCGAAGACACCUAUGAAUAAGA